AUGGAUAUGAGAAGAGAUGGUACCUAUGAGCUCCACAGACUACUAUGUCUCCCUUUCUCCCCUCAUCUGCUAUACCAGGUGAUCAGAUGCAAAGCUGCUGUACUCUGGAAGCCUGGGGCCCCACUGAACAUUGAGGAAAUAGAAGUGGCCCCACCAAAGGCAAAGGAAGUUCGAGUAAAGAUGGUGGCCUCAGGAAUCUGUGGCACGGAUAUAAAAAGUCUGGGGUCAGAAGAACUUGCCCAGUUUUGCCCCAUCAUUAUGGGCCAUGAAGGAACUGGACUAGUCGAGAGUGUGGGAGAAGGAGUAAGCACAGUGAAAACGGGUGAUAAAGUCAUCAUCUUAUGCUUACCACAAUGUGGAGAAUGUAACACCUGCCUCAAUUCCAAGAACAAUAUUUGUAAAGAAGUUAGACUGUCAGGAACACAUCUGACGUCUGAAGGCAACAGCAGAAUUACCUGCAAAGGGAAGAUAGUGUAUCAAUAUAUUACUACAGGCACCUUCUCUGAAUACAUAGUCAUAAAGGAAAUCUCAGUCGCCAAGAUUGACGAAGGUGCUCUUCUGGAGAAGGUGUGCAUAAUUGGCUGUGGAUUUGCCACUGGCUUCGGUGCUGCAAUCAACUCUGCCAAGGUGACCCCAGGCUCCACCUGUGCUGUGUUUGGCCUUGGAGGUGUCGGUCUGUCUGUCAUCAUUGGCUGUAAAACAGCUGGAGCAGCCAGGAUCAUCGGUGUAGACACCAACAAAGACAGGUUUGCAAAGGCCAAGACAGUGGGUGCCACUGAGUGCAUAGACCCUCGAGACUUUGAGAAACCCAUUCAGAAAGUCUUAUUUGAUAUGAUGAAUGGUGGAGUAGACUUCUGCUUUGAGGUCACUGGAAACCCAGAAACAGUGGAAACUGCCCUGGCCUCCUGCCACAAGGACCAUGGUGUCUGCGUGAUUGUUGGAUCAAUUGCAUCUUGGGUUCAAAUCAACAUUAGUAGCCAGUUGUUCUUCUCAGGACGAACUCUGAAAGGAUCAGUUUUGGGAGGCUGGAAAACCAAGGAUGAAAUACCUAAGCUGGUUUCAGACUGUAUGGCAAAGAAGUUUAACCUAGAUCCACUGAUUACCCAUACCCUGACUCUUGACAAGGUCAAUGAAGCAAUUCAGCUAAUGAAAAAUGGGCAAUGUAUCCGCUGUGUCCUGUUACCUUAAUUACAAGACCUGAAGCAUUUCAUCACUAACUUGCAUUCUGUAUUAUUGUGAUUUAGAAGAAUCAACCACACAACGCUUUCUACUUCCUUGCCUUUCUACUCACUCACAAAAAUC